CCUUCCUUCUCUCACUCUUUAUCACUAGUAUUGAUGUCAUGCGGAAAGCAAGUUCCGUAAUGAAGAAGACUUUUUCACCUUCUUCCUCGACUCCAGAAGCUUUGGACACAACUCCUACAACAUCAACUACUAUAAACGAUGAAUCUCCUUUACCACCAGUACCUGAUACCUCCACUGACAACUCCAACCAUCUAACAACAGGACCUUCUAUUACUAGUUUGAACGAUGAUGCUAUAUUACCUUCUACUUCUACUUUUACUCUUAACAAAGAAGACCGUCCUGAAAAAUUGAAAAAGAAGACAAAGAACUUUAUGGAUGAAAAACAAAAAAUAAAAUCUAGAUUACAAAGUUUAUGGAGUUAUAUUGAUGCCACCAAUACUUUUGACCAGUCGCGCUUCUUUCAAGAAAAUGCUGAACAAGUCUUUCUUGUUGUCUAUGAAAGUUGUAUGCAUCAAAUUGAAAAAAUGAAACAACGUAAUGAACGACCACAAUCUUGGCACUCGAAAGAAUUAGUUUCCCUUCAGAAAACUUUAUUGUUACUUCGAAAAAUCUUUUUAUUUGUUCCAGAAUUGAUGCGAAAUGGAUGGCAACGCAAAAAUAUAGCCAAGAUAUUAUCUCAUAUUCUCGAUCAUGGUAAUCAUAUACGCUUACGAUCACUUGGAUUUCAUUUAUUGUUAUUAUGGCUCAACGAUCAAGUGGUAGAAUACCCUGAAUGUAUGAAUUUAUUUGCAAAUGCUAUCUCUUUGGAUCUAUUUAUUAUGGAUGAUAUCACCCUCAUAGCUUCACCAAACACUCAUAUAGAUUUGGAUACAUCUCAUACUAAUGACGAAUCAAUUGGAAUCAAUAAAUCACAUACACAUGGUACUGGAGGUGGAUUACAAUUCGUCAAGAAAUUGGGUGAACGUCAUUCCGAAAAACUGGUUGGUUAUGGACUUGUCAGAAAUGAACGUAUCAAGAAAGCUCCUAUUCAAUUACAACAAACGAUCAUAUUAGGCGAUGAACAUGCACCGUUAUAUCCAAAUCCUACUGUACCUACGUAUAAUGAUUCUGUCGUAUUACUCAACAUUUUUAUCACUAAUCUCGUCCGUUUGGCAUAUGUGGCUUCUGGGUCUCCUCCUCCUCCUGAUAAUUAUGAUUAUCCUGAUCAAUGUGAAGCUGAUGAUGGAAUUGCUACUGGUGUAGGCAUUGAUGCAGCUACUGCUAGUGCCAAAUUCUUAUUUCGUGUCUUUCGUACUUAUUAUCUCACAAAAUUUCUACCUCAUGUUUCAAAUGCAUUACAAGAAAAGGAAACUUCCUUGGAUAAUACUGGUGAAUCUAUAGUCAUUGGUUUUCCCUCUUGUCCACCAAGUGUACUUCGUACUCUUUUACGGUUUUUGAUUGGAUACUGUCUUGAUAACAACCGUAGUUCUCAUGUCAAUUGGCCAAAUUUACCAACUUCGGCCAACUCAUCACCAGCAAUACCAAUUCUGAAAUCAAUCGUGUUAUCUUCUCAUGAAACUCGGGAAAUGCUCCAUGAAGUACUUCGACAAUGUAUGAUACUUCCAACAACCAACACAAAUUAUCGAGAUAUUAUCCGUGGAGCAGUACAUAUCUUGGGGGCUUGGAUGCUUGGUAGUGAAGAUGAACGACCUUCCUUUUUACGACGAACAGGUGGCCCAACAAGCUCCAAUACUAUUACCACUAUGAAUACCAACAACAACAAUAAUAAUAAUAUUACACGAUCAAGUAGUUAUGCAUCUUUAGCAGCAUCUUCGAAACAUUCCAUUCAUGAAAACAUGAACAAUACAUCAUCUAGUAGUAUGGAAAAGAUUCUACCAACAUCCCCUAUCAAUCAACAAGUAUCUCAUACCCUUUCUGCACCAUUCAAUACCAGCAGCAGUAUAUCAUCUUUAUCAGCAGUGGUAUCAGCGGAUCACGAUUAUGUAGAAGCAAAUGUAUUUUUACGACAAUACUUUUUUAUGAUUCGAAUGCUAUUUAUUAGGGAAGAACAACAAGUUGGAAAUACAGCUCAAGUUGGAGAAUUAGAAUUGGAUUCACAAUUGGAUUGGGAUGGGUUAGUGACUCUUUACAAGGAUGCUGUGAAUGUCUAUCGUGCAAUGACAGUUACUCGUAGUGGAAUUGAAAUGGAAUGGGAAAGCUGGGAAAGCCUAUUACGAUGUUUAUUGGAUAUUCAUGAAUGGAUGAUGCAAACAACUGACCGAACAAUUCGAAUUCCAGUUACUUCUUUAGCGGAUGAUUUUGCUGACUAUAUUUGUGAAACUCUCCUCCAUGCAUUUGCGCGGGCACGCAUAGCACAUACUGAAUAUUGGCAAGAUUUGAAAAAACGUCAAGUUGCUUCUAUGGAUUGGCCAGAAGUUCUUGAACAAUGGGUCAAAAUCAUGCAUCGAUUGACAAAAGUCCUCUCUUCCAAGUUAUAUAAGGUGGAUUAUGAAUCUUAUCGAACUCAUUCCGACAAGUCAGGAGCAAUUCACAAUCGAUUAUCAGGAUAUCUACAUGGUGGUAUAACAGGUACUAGCGGUGUUAGCAGUGGCACAAGUGGUGGAAGAAAAUUACGAUCAAGGCAUCUUAGUAUUCAAGAUGAACAACGUGGAGCUACUAAUACUAGGAAUUCUGGUGGUGCAAUUAGACCUAUUUCCAUUGGCGGUAGUGGUAAUAGUAGUGGUGGUGUCGGCAGUAGUAGCGAAGGACAACUCAUGGGUCUGACAACCAAACAACAAGAACAACCAUUUAAAUCGGAAAGACCAAUGGCCGAACUUAUUGAUGGAUUCCCACUUCCUCCAGGCGUUGAAAUUCCAACAACUGUCUCGACUUCAUAUUCUCCAUCUUCUCUAGCAGCAGCAGCGGGUGUACCUUCUACAACGACAACAUCAUCAACAACGGAAAGACCAAAAGCAAGUGAUCGUCGAUCUGGGACCGGAUUGGCUGUAGAAUCGAUCGAUGAAGAUAAAGCAACAUCGUCACCAUCAUCACCAGGAACAGUAUUGACGGGAAGUCAUAGUACAAGUCGAAAAUUUGGAAUUAAGAAUAUCAUACCGACCACCUCUUUCUCUUCAUCACAAUCAUCUAGUGCAUUACCAACCAUUGAAAAGGAUGAUUACAACAUCAACAAUAAUAGAUCUAGUGGAGGAGGAUCAAUAAGCGCAGGCAAUAUACAUCAACACAAUCAAGGUACAGGCAGUGCUUCCUCGUCUCUAGGUUCACGACGUGGGAAACGAACUGUCAGUAUCCAUCAAUUCGAUCAUUUGAUUCAGGAAUCCGGAAGCAAAUUAUUGAAUUUUGUCCAUCACACCACAUCAUCAUCAACAGCAGCAGCAGGUUUACAAAGCAUGACAUCUACAGAACCAACAUUAGCAGUCGGACCGAAUGUGAUAUCAGAAACAUCCACAAACAACACUACUUCUUUGGAUACUGGUAUGAUACAACCUUCUUCGUCAAAAUUGGCCCCUGGCACUUUAUUUGUCAAGGAUGGAGAUGAUAGAGGAAGGAAUGUGAUUGAAUGGGACCGUAGAAGCAAUGCAAGUUCUAAUAUUACUGUAUCAAGCAAGUCAAACCGAACCUCAGCGUCAACUAUUCUUGCUCCAAGUGAAUUGAUCACCAUGAAGAUGACUACUGCCAAUGUCAAUGAUAAACUUCCUUUGGAUUUGGGUAUCUUUAGAAGUGUUGAAUUUCUCAAUCUACAAAAUCUACCAUGGGAUGGAUUAGGCAUGUUAUUACUUUGGAAAAACAUGUUAUGUUCCCUGGGAGAUAUCAAUGACAUAAAGACUCCUCAAAAUCACUCUAUGGCAAUCAAAUGUGUAGUAGAUAUUUGGGAUACUUUAGUCUGGAUCCGUAGCAAUCAACCUUAUCGCGGUGUUCCCAUUCCUGCUCUUUAUGAAGUGACUCCAUGGUUGUUCAAAGCGACUGAAUUACCAAGCACCUUUGAUACUGGAAGAGCUGCUGCUUUUGGUUGUCUUUGUCGUUUAGUAUGUCGGAAACCCGAAGAAUCACUUUCUGCCAACUUUUAUGCCCAUUUUUAUAGAGCAAUUUUAAAGGGUCUUUCCUCUGACAACAAUACGAUCAUUCAAGCCAUUAUUCAAAAUUCUGAACGGUUAUUUGCUUUCUCUUUACCUGGUGUCCACAUUUUGGUUCCUCCUUUUCUUCAUGCUAUUGAAAAACAGUUGCUGGAUGGAAAUAUUAUCAAGGAUGUCCCCAUUCCAGUUAGAAAAAGUUGUAUCUCUAUUCUAGGCUCUUUGACCUCCAUCUCAAAUCAUUUCUCGGAUGUGAAAAUUGAAAUCAAACCUGAUAGUAACACCACUAGCGAAGAAAAAGAAUUCAACUUUGCUGACGUCAAGAUUUGGUUAAAGGACUUGCUUAUUCGUCUGGUGACUACUGGAACAUCGACUUCGCUUACUGAUGAAAAUGCUGAAGUACAUUGUAUGCUUCUUGGUGCCAUCUGUGCUCAUGCUUUGGAUGAACUACUUUCUUGUAAAGACCCACAACGUGAUAUCAUACACGAAUGUAUCUUGGCCAUGGUGAAUCAUCUUUAUUGGUGUAACAUCAAUAUCGUCAAUACUGUUACUGAUUGUUUAGUAUUGGUGGCUCAUAUCUAUCGUGAAAGUUUGGAUCCUGAUGGGGUUAUUGUCCAAGAAGUUCUCACUAGAAUCAUUGAUGCUAUGAAUGUUCAUUUAAAGUUUUAUGAAAAUAAUCCAAAGAGUGGACGAGGGUUGAUUGUAUCCAAACUCUUCAGUUGUUUAUUGGAAUGGUUGAUGACUAUUGAACCCGAAAUAUUGACUGAUACCGAAUUAUGUCAACUGGUCUUUGAUGUGAUAGAAUAUGCCAUUCAUGUCUCAACGGAUGAUUCUGAUAAGGUGUUGCCGCAUCCUCCAGUGAUUCGAAGUACAAGUCGAUCUAAGAAAAAAGAAAUACCAUUCAAAUUCAAGUUAUUGACUGAAAAACGUCCUCAAGUUCAUCAAGAUCAUACUCAAAUAGUAACAGGAUCAGAUCAAACUGAAAGUGACCAAGACUUUGUCAAAGAAGCUGCAGAAGCGGUUUUGUUCCAUUUACUCCAUCAUUUCAAUAACUUUGCACCGCCAUAUGGACCAGCUACUAUUCACAGCACCAUUGUUGGACCUGGAGUCUCACCAUCAUCAUCAUCAUCAGACGAUAAGAAUGAUAUCGAAUGCCGACAAUACCAAUACUUCUCUUUCAAUGAUACCACUAUUAUCGCUUUUCUUGAAUUGCCAUCCACUGAUACCAAACCUGCGGAAUCUCGAAUGAUCCUUCGUGAUCUGACUGGCCGAUAUGUCUGGGAUGCUCAUUUGGAAUCUCCUACAGGUGAUCCUUUUGAUCAACCAUUACCAGUAACACCCAAUUUGUCCCCUGCUCCUAUUAGAACACCAGAUACUGUGAGUCAUCUUUUAGAUAGAGAACAAGGUUACGUAUUACGAUCAUCUAUAUCCGUUCAAAAGGAUGAAUCCUCUAUUCAACAAUCUACAAGUGCCAGUCUCCCGUCAUCCCCUGAUACUUUAAAUAGUUUAUUGCAAGAAAUUGGUGAACAACAUCCUGAUUGUGUGAUAUCUUCAGUACCUUUGAAUGCACCUGCUCCUUUAUCAUCACUACAAACUAGUAUGGUUGGUCGUCUUGGUGAACAACUCAAUGAUUAUCUGACAAAUGAACAAAACAACAAUUUACAAAAAGAAUCUGAUCCUCGACUGUGGUAUUCAAAAUUGAAUGUAUUACGUAGAAGAGGAGAUCAAACAAAUGAAACGACACAUGCACAAUCAACGGCCAACUUUUCUUUACGCAAAGAUUUCUCACCAGCCUUCCCUCAUGAACUUGAAAAGACCAAUUUACCAUUUCAACAAAGUAGGCUUUUGAUGAGUCAUUUAGGACUUAUCAAUUAUAGUCAUUUGAAGGAUGGAUCAUUUCAGAUGUUGAAUAAAACGGCUGCUCUUUAUCGUGAUUUACGUGGAUUGGAUCGAAAACCUGGACGAGAAACGAUGAAAAUUGGUGUUGUCUAUGUUGGACCUGAACAAGAAGAUGAACAAAGUAUUUUGCAUAAUAGUCAAGGUAGCUCUGGUUAUGAUGCUUUUGUCAAUAGUCUAGGAUGGGAAAUAGAUAUAGCAACACAUACUGGUUAUUUAGGUGGUUUGGAACGAAAUUUGACAAAUGGGACAAAAGCGACAUAUUAUUGUUCAUCCACAGUAGAGAUCAUGUUCCAUGAUGUAACCAAGAUGCCUACUGAUGCUUAUGAUGUGAAACAAUUGAAAAAGAAACGACAUAUUGGUAAUGAUCAUGUUCAUAUAGUAUGGAAUGAACAUAGUCGAGAUUAUAGAGUGGGUACUAUUGGUGGUGAUUUUGGUAAUGCGCAAAUUGUGGUGACACCUCUUUCAGAUGGAUUAUAUUCAAUUCAAGUCUAUCGUGAUCCCAAACUCCCUUAUUUUGGCCCAUUAUUUGAUGAAAUGGUGGUAUCUCGUGCUACAUUGGGUCCUUUGGUGCGUGCCACUGCCAUCAGUGCGUUUCGUGCCUGUGUACAUACAAGUAUCUCUUCUUUCCAUCGAUGUGUCUUUUCUCAACGUGCCAGGGAUGUCAAGACAAUCACUCAACGACAUAAAAUUGCUAAUUGGUCCUAUGAAAAAUUUAUGGAAAGAAUAUUUAUGCCAGAUGAAUGAUCCAAACUAUUACUCUUCAUUUAUUAUUAUUUUAUUCUUAUUUAUUUAUUUUAUAUAUAUAAUUCUUUCUUCCCUUUACAUACUUUUUAAUAUAAUAUCUUUGUCUUUU